AUCUCUGAUGAUUUCGUCAGAGGGAGACGCUCUUCUGAGAUAUCAUGUUAUGAAGAGAAAUAACGAGGAGGAGUAUUUAGCGAAACUUCCAGAAGAUAAGAAGCAAAAGAGAAAGGUUUACGGCCAACGCUAUAGCUUGACGGAUGAGGAAUCCAUCCGGAAUGAUUACAGUAUGGCAUACGUAAACCAACUAGUGAGACCACAAGAUCAGAUUAUAAAUCCACAUAGAGAAGGUAGAUUCGCUGAGUAUCCACGGCAGAAGCAGCUACUCAAGCUGAAGGAUAGUUUAGUAGAGGAGUACGCUUACCCACCGGUAUACCUACCAUUUGAUUUGGUGGAUGCUAUACCGAAAUCUCCAACAACACCCUCAUCUUUAUUUGACGCUAUCGACAUUGGUACCAAGUUUGACGUUAUCAUGAUUGAUCCACCGUUACCAAAUUCACGAUCAUCGAAAUUGGAAGGCAGACAGUGGACCUGGGAUGCCUUGGCUACUCUUCCAAUCAGGAACCUCUCCGCUGACCCUAGUUUCGUCUUUGUCUGGGUUGGUAGUGGAGGCGAAGACGGUCUCGAAAAGGGAAGAGAAUUGCUUGCUAAGUGGGGCUUCCGGAGGGCCGAGGAUAUUAUCUGGGUUGAAACUACUCCAGAGGGUCACAAGGAGGAGGACACAAGUGAUGUCCCUGAUAACCUCUUCAAACGCACAAAACAACACUGUUUGAUGGGUAUUAGAGGCACAGUGCGGCGUGCAUUAGAUUCACACUUUGUGAACUGCAAUAUAGAUGUCGAUACAAUCAUCGCAGAGUCAGCAAGUCGUAAACCAUCCGAGCUGAUGGCACUUAUAGAAACAUUUUGUUUGGGUACCAGAAGAUUAUGCCUCUUCGGCGAACCAGAGAAUGCUCGCAGAGGAUGGCUUACCGUCGGCAUGAAAGGAUCUAAUAAUGAGACAUAUAGUCCACCAGAGGGUGUUGAUAUGUUUGACAGUAAGCAAUGGUCAGAGCGUUUUCCAAAUAACAAAGCAAAUUUGGUUCCACUGACGCCUGAAAUCGACAGCUUACGACCAAAAUCACCGAAUCGUUCAAACAACAAUAGUAGGAAUGGAACUCCGAAAUCUGAUCCCCGCACGCCCCCAUUUGCGACACGUCCUGUGGGUUCUCCAUAUGGUACACCACCGAACAUGCCAUACAAUCCACAAUUUAACGCUCAAAUGCGUUAUCAUAUGCAACAGCAGAUGCAGCAACAAAUGCAACAACAAGUGCAGCUUCAAAUACAAAUGCAGUUGCAAAUGCAGGCACAACAAGCUCACAUGCAGAUGUUUGGAGGCGGUAAUCUUUACCAAGGUGUGCAAGCAGUACCACAAAUGUAUUAUCCGCCAGUUAAUACGACGGGAACGAUCUAUCCAUUGUCACCGCAAAUGCCGAUAAGUUUAGGAUUUGACGGGAACACGAACAAUAGAAGACACGCAAAGACGCCAUCAAACAGCAAUCAGAACAAUAUAAAUCGCAACAGGAACUAAAUAGUUUUUUCUCUUAUUUGUAUUAACGUGUAUUUGUAUUACUAU